ACUGCAAGAAAAGGUCCCGCAGAGCUGAGCAGUCAAGAUGUGUGACUUCACCGAAGACCAGACCGCAGAGUUCAAGGAGGCCUUCCAGCUGUUUGACCGAACAGGUGAUGGCAAGAUCCUGUACAGCCAGUGUGGGGAUGUGAUGAGGGCCCUGGGCCAGAACCCUACCAACGCCGAGGUGCUCAAGGUCCUGGGGAACCCCAAGAGUGAUGAGAUGAAUGUGAAGGUGCUGGACUUUGAGCACUUUCUGCCCAUGCUGCAGACAGUGGCCAAGAACAAGGACCAGGGCACCUAUGAGGAUUAUGUCGAAGGACUUCGGGUGUUUGACAAGGAAGGAAAUGGCACCGUCAUGGGUGCUGAAAUCCGGCAUGUUCUUGUCACACUGGGUGAGAAGAUGACAGAGGAAGAAGUAGAGAUGCUGGUGGCAGGGCAUGAGGACAGCAAUGGUUGUAUCAACUAUGAAGAGCUCGUCCGCAUGGUGCUGAAUGGCUGAAGACCUUCCCAGUCUCCCCAGAGUCCGUGCCUUUCCCUGUGUGAAUUUUGUAUCUAGCCUAAAGUUUCCCUAGGCUUUCUUGUCUCAGCAACUUUCCCAUCUUAUCUCUCUUGGAUGAUGUUUGCCGUCAGCAUUCACCAAAUAAACUUGCUCUCUGG